AUGAGCUACCAAGAUCUUGAGAAGCGUGACAAAGAUUGCAAGAACCUCAAGUCGAACAAUGUCGGAGCACGAGUCACGCGCUCGCAACAAGUCAAGAUCCUGCUCUCUAACUCCCUGGCCGCUUUCACCGUUGUUGGUCUGACCCAGGCGUUCGGUGUGUUUCAAGCAGAGUAUGCGCGAAUACAAGCCGUACAGGAUGGCAUUGUCCGGGCUGAGGAGAUGGAUGAUCGGGCGCUGAUAUCUGCCAUCGGAUCGCUUGGAAAUGGCGGCAUUGUAGCAGUAUUCGCGGUGCUCUACUACCCUCAUCUGCCACAGCUCGGCAUACAUGUCAGAUACUUGUGUUCGUUCGGGACAGCAUGUAUAGUUCUAGGACUGGCCGCCGCCGCCGCGAGUCACAGUGUCUGGCACCUGUUUGUUACCCAGGGCCUCCUGGUUGGUAUAGGAGCAGGCGUCUUACUCUACGUCCUGGCACCGAUUCUUCCCGAAUACUUCCCGGACAGAUCCGGUCUCGCUCAAGGAACGAUGUACACAGAGUCACUAGGACUCGGGUUUGAGCAUGCAUCCUACCUGCUUGCCAUCAACAGCGGCGUCGGAAUACCCGCCCGACUAGGCGCCGGAGCCCUUGCGGACAAGAUCGGACACCAGAACACGUUGAUCAUUGCAACCGCUGUAUACGCCCUUGCGACCUGGGCUCUGUGGCUCCCUUCAGCGCAGACCAACAAUGUCGGACUAUUCAUCGGCAUGAGCACAUGCCACGGCCUCAUCAAUGGCGUAUUCAACAUUGUCAUGAACUCAGCGCAGAAGCAACUCUUUGGCGACGAGAUGUACUAUCCCAAGAAUGGCGCCAUGACAUCAAUUCGAGGCGUUGGGUACGUGGUGGGCGUCCCUCUUGCCGGGGCUAUGGUGAACAGGGUGACUGGUGCAGACCUACGCGGAACCGACUUCACCAAGGUCAUAGUAUACGUCGGGUCGUUGCUGACGCUAUCGCUGUUGUGUCUGUUGAACGUGCGUCGGCUAGACGCAAAGCAAAACGGAUGGAAAUGGGCAAGAUGA